GGCAUCACCACGCCCCUUAUCCUCGCGUGCUCCGCGGUUACCAUGGCUACAGUGCGCGCUGCUGCCAGACCUGCUUCGUUGGUCUACAGCUGGCCGAGGGAAGAGGCAGCAUCAUGAGCCACGUAGUGACCAUCGAGGAGCCCCGGGCCCAGGGCCUCACCUCACUGCAGCAGGACGGGGCGAGGUCGAGGGCCAGGGGCUGCACCUCCUCCAGCCGAGCGUAUGAUUUCCUGUACGAUCCAUUGUUUAUUGUGUCAAGUGAGAAAGACCACACUCAGGCAAAUAUCCAAGCCACCCUGGCUCGAAACGGACUGAGAAAGGUUCCCAGGUUUAGAACUAUGUUCAGUAACCUGGUGCAUUAUCCGAGAUAUUCUCUGUCCUGGAGCAAGUCAGAUCCGGUGCCACCUUUCAUCAGCCGAGAAUGGAAGGGGCACAUGGAGAAACAGAAGGAAGCCCUCCAGCAGCUGGCCUCAACUGACCCUUCUUUUCAGAUGUUUAAAGAAAUUGAUGAGGAUCCUGACGUCACUGGAAAGAAUCGCUAUAAAUACUUUGACAGGCCUUUCCUUCCAUUUGUUCAGCAGAUGCCACUCAAUGUUCUUUUUGCAGCAACCAAGAUGCAGUCAUGUGUUUUUCCUCCUGCUUCUUCUAAGUACCCAUCCAUUCCUUCAAAGUCUACUGUGGGGACUCAGACUGAUUAUCGGGAUGCUGACAUUCAAACUGACCCAUACUCUCCAGAAUACGUAGUAUGUCAGAAUACUAUCCCUGAGCUCCUGACCCUCGCUACUCUCACCUGGGGUCGAGGUCUCCCAGCAGGGCUGGCUGAGGUGGAAAUGAUAGAACGGGCCCGAGAAAAGCGCGCCUGGGAAGCCACUCUCCCUACUCUGACUGACACCUCCCAGUUUGAGAAGAGGAGGAAGAUGAUGAGUGCAAUGGAGAGGAAAGAGUGGGCCUUCAGAGAGCAGGAGAUUGAAAAACUUCAGGAAUUUCGCCUACAAAUUUUAAAAGAGCUGCUGAGGAAACGGGACGAGAAUCAAAAUGAACUGAACACGAAGCACUUGGAUGCCCAGUGGUGUAAACUUCAGGAAGAGAAAGAGGCAAAAAUGGCCCAAAUCCAGCGCACACACAUCUCAACAAUCAGAAAACUUGAGAGAAAGAGCAAAGAUAUAGAAGGGAAGUUCAAGAGGAGAGAUAUCAUCGAGGAAUAUGCUGAUCCUGCAUCGCAGGUCUAUGGGCCUCUGUCUCGCCUUGGUCGUUUCCCGGACAACAGCUCAGAGGAUUUUGUGGUAAAAAAUCACUAUCUGAAUACUUAUGAAGGUUUAGUUGAACUUGAGUCAAGUCUCCCACGUUUUGUUACACAGCUAGUAAUCAAACCUCCAAAACCAAAAGUCAUUACCACCAAAGCAGGUUUCCUGAAGAGGGCAGUGAGGAUGGACUAUGAGUUGGCAGAGGUCCAUAAGGCCUUGUUGUAUAAGAAAAAUAAAGUUCUUGAAGCAGAGAAACCUCUACGCUUUCUUCAAAAGAAGCCCAUACCUGAGCCUCGGCUUCCAACUCCAACCUUGAUAAUGACUUCCAAUGAAGAAGAAGACAUAGAAAUGGCUGUGAUCUACCUUCAGAAGUUACUGCGUGGCAGGGUCAUUCAGAACAUGAUGUUUGAAGGGAAAGAAAAGCGGUUGGAGUUGAUCCAGGAACUGCGCACCAGCCACGCAUUGCAAGAAGAUGAGAAGCUGGUGAAAAAGGCCGAGAAGCAAGUGACCCUGGCCUUACAGCGGCAGAGGAACUUGCACGAGCACAAGGUGUCACGGAUUGAAAACCACUUGGCAGGCCUGGAAGGCAGGGUGCUGGCAGACAUGCUUGAUUUCCUGUCCAAAGAACUUGUGAGACUGCAGGAAGAGAGGCGCAUCCAUGCCUUUGCUAUGCUUGCUGAGCGCCAGCGGAGGAUGAGAGAGGCCGAGGAGAGCGGCCGGCGCCAGGUGGAGCAGAGGCGCCUGCAGGAGGAGGACCAGAUAUUUAAGGAGGUGAUUAAAGUUCACCGAAGUACAGUAACCUCCUAUCUGGAAGACAUAAUAUUGAACACUGAAGAGAAUACUGCCGAAGAACAAGCCAGAGCAGAAAUAGAAAAGAUGGCCGAGGAAAUCAAUGACAUCGCUUAUGAGAUGGAAAGUCGACGAACUCAUCUUCAGUCAGAGGAGAUUGUUGCUGAAUUGGUUUAUAGUUUUCUGAUCCCAGAGGUGCAAAAGGACUUUAUCAAAGAGAAAGUGAGGAAUGCACAGCGGAAGCAUAUUCUUGCAGCCCAUCAGAUCCUCCACGGGUACACAGAGACCAUGCUCCAGCAGAACUUUGCUGAGCCACAGCAAGGUGAGCUCUCAGACCCCGACAAGACUCUUGAAGAAGGAACUGAAAACGAGGACGACAGCUAAGCAUCUUCAGAUCUUGAAAUGAGUACAAAGAAAAUUUCCAUAAUUAAGAUUCCAUUUAUGGAGGCAGGCCUACCUAGUUCUCAAUUGGUAUUGACUAAUCAGCACUGUAACACCAUGCUAAAAAGGUAAAUAUGAAGGAAAGACUCUAGAAGAAUUCCACAAAUGCUUUCCAAGUAACAAAUUGCACAAUUAAAGACUUACGUUCUGGAUUGAUGUGAGUAUCGGCAGUGCUUUCAAAUGUGAGAUUGGGAAAAAUCUUACCACACAUGGCUGCUGGCGAUGAAUGUUGCAGUCAACUUUGAUGCCUGCAUACUAAUUAAGCAAAAGAAUUAUGUUCUUCUAAUCGGUAGACUUGUACUACAAUAAGCUAUAGUUGAUUAUUAUCAUGAAAUUUUGUAUUUUGUCUGUAAACAUUUUGUGGAAAUGUCUUUUAUCUCCUGUUGGAUGAAUAGAUUUUGGCUCAUAAAACCUAAAAUGUUUACUUUCCAGCCCUGUGCAGAAAAAGAGCCUCACUCCCUACUCUACAACAAUGAAAAUUAAUGAAGUAGAACUCACUAUAACAACAUAGAUGAGUGUCAUAAAUAAAAUAUGUAUCAGAAUAAGUCAAAUAAAAAAUAAUCUGUAGUGUGA